AUGGCAUUCGCUGCCCCUGAUCAUACAUUUGAGAAGAGAGACGGGAACUACGAGACACUGUCGAAUGGCUCAACAGUCAUAUGGGUCAUAGACGAUGUAUACCAGGGCUCGACAUUUUUCGAUGCAUUUGGCUUCUACACCGGCCCCGACCCAACCCACUUCCUCGACGCAAACGACUCCUUCUCCUCGGGUCUCGCCUACGUGCAAGACGACGGAAAGGUGAUCAUGAAGGGCGACGACACCACCCAGCUCGCGUACGGAGCCAACCGCAACAGCGUCCGUAUAUCAAGCUACAAGCAAUACAACGGUGGCCUGUUCAUCCUUGACGUUGAUCGAGCUCCUUGGGGUUGCGGUGUCUGGCCCGCGUGGUGGACACUGGGAGAUGGGACCUGGCCAUACACUGGCGAGAUCGACAUUAUCGAAGGUGUCCACGCCAACGAGCACAACCAGGUAACGUGGCACACCGCACCAGGGUGCAACGUUACCCAGCCCAACACGUUCAGUGGCACCAUCGGCGUAAUGGACAACUGGAGCUGCGACGCGACGAAUGGCCAGGGCGGGUGCGGUAUCAUCGAAUGGAGCCGCUCGUCGUAUGGCCCGUAUUUCGACUCUAUUGGCGGAGGGGUGUUCGCGAUGAAGUGGAACGCGGAUGGGAUCUCUGUCUGGUCCUUCUACCGCUCCGCCGUCCCGGCCGACAUCGUCUCCGGGGAGCCGAACCCAUCAGGUUGGGGCGAGCCCGUCGCGGCGCUCUCCUCGGAGGGCUGCGAGCUCUCGAAUUACUUUAUGAACCACUCGAUCAUCUUCGACAUCACCUUCUGCGGCGACUGGGCCGGCAACUCGUACGCGACCUCGGGCUGCCCGGGCACGUGCCAGCAGCAGAUCAUGGAUCCCGCUAACUUCGUCAAUGCGUCGUGGAUCAUCAACUGGAUGAAAGUCUACAAGGAGGAGAUGAUCUCGGGCAAUGCGAGUAAUGCUGCACCGCGCCGGCUCGCCACCAGCCUCGUCUUUGAGUCACGGUGGACGUGGGUCCUCGGAGCCUUGUCGUCGGUCGCGUGGUUUGUGCUGUAG